AGGUGCCCACGACGACCGUCUCUGCUACCACUAGCGUUACAGCCACGUACACCACGUCAACAUCGGCGUCAUCGUCGUCCACGUGGAGUAGCUCUGCAACGCAGGUCUCCACUUCCACCACGUCCAUGAGAUUGGCACCAACGAAUUUCAUCGAGCUGGAGCCAGCAGUAGAUGUGUCGCCGACCACGCCAAGCAGCCCCACCACGCAGCCGGAUCAAGCGCUGACAAGUGCUGCAGGCGAUGCGGAUCUAUCGGAAGACCCUGCAGACUCGUUGAUUCCAAUCCUGGUGCCCACGGUCACGUGUUUCCUCGCGGUCCUCGCGGGUCUCGGCUUUUUCUGCUACAGAGAUUACAGGGCGAGGAAGACAAGGAUGCCUCAAGGUGCUGCUGCCGGAGCAGAAGUUACCUUCUCCAAUCCGUGGCAUGGGAUGUCACUACCAGCGCUUCCAGCAGCGGUCAGACCACUCAUCUUUGCAUGGGACGCCAGGAUGACUGCGGAGUGGCCUCGGGGUAAGGUCCUCAACCUCACGGUUGAAAGACAUGAAUUUGAGGCCAAGGGAAGGCAAUAUUCCCUUGAACGCCCUGAGAGCCGUGGAUCUCUGCAAUUCUCUUGGGAAGAUGGAACCGUUCAAAAGGUGGACAGCAUUCAACGGAACGUCGUGGUGUGGAGCACGCAGGAAACUCGUCCUGCAUGGCAGCACUUCAGGUGGAUCUGCACUCCGCAAUGCCCUGUGCAAGGCCAUCACGACAUGGAAGUUCAGUCGGACAGAUACAGAUGCAACUCGUGUUCGCGUUCGCAAGCAGCGGAAAAGCACUGGUGUUGUCCAGCGCACGAGGUGCAUCUGUGCCCAAGCUGUGCUGAGCUGCCACCGGAAGCGCCCACCUUGGGUGUGGCUGCCUACUUUUUGCUCCGUCUUUUCCCAUCUCUGGCCAGGAGUGCCACUGCCCUAGACAACCCAAAUUUCUACGAGAUUUGCCCACACUUGGCGCAUGGCAACACUGGCUUGGGCUUCAACAAGACAUGCCCAAGAGACGGGCAACCAAACUGUAGCGUCGUGGAUGCCUUGGAUGAUUCGCACAGUGGAAAAGUGACGCACUUUGUAUCAUGGUGUUGGGCCUACACCUUGGACAACGUGGUCACAGCUGUGGACCGUUGGUUGCAAAAGUCGGAAGCAGAUCCAGCAGAUGUAUUUCUGUGGAUCUGCUUCUUUUGCAACAACCAAUAUCGUAUCAUGCAAGAGGUAUGCAUCCAACAAAACUUCUCGAUGGAAGUGAUCCUUCCCAAUUCGGCGCAGGAAUGUUUCCGACAUGCCUUGUCGGCUGGUGAUGCCGGGCUUCGUGAGCUCACCCAAGCCGUUGCAUCUUUAGACGUUCGAGAUGCGAAGGCUCAUCAACGCGCCGAUGAGGAUUCGAUCAAGAAAUUGAUCCUCAACGACAUCGGCUUCGACGCGGUGAACCAUGCAGUGCGUUCGAGAUUGGUGGAGGAAUUCAAGUCACUGUGUCCAGGCUGCAAUUUUGGUCGGUUUGUUUCAGUCGAUGUGGUCAUCGUUGUGGUUCGUGGUGAGAAAAGCCACCGAUAG